ACAUUCAGACAUCGAGGUCGAAGCAGCUCAACUUGGGUUUCUGAAGCUCCGGCCGGAAAACGACACUCUGAAAAAAAAAAAAUGAAGGCGUUCACACUUGCCGUUGCCGUGGCCAUCGUGGUGACAAUCAUUGGGGUUCAGGAGAGCUCUGCAGACCUAGUGAUUGAGGGACCCGAACUGAUGGAUGGAUUGACCGAUGGCAGCCCAGCUCCUGCUGGUCAAGACAUCCCAGAGGACUCCUGGAAGAUGCCGUACAGCUCAGUCCACAUGCGCCGCCCUCGCUGCCGUUUCUGCUGCCGCUGCUGCCCUCGCAUGAGAGGCUGCGGCAUCUGCUGCAGAUUCUGAGAAGGCAGAAGAAAACUUCAACUACGUUAAAAAAUAAAAUCCCUACUUUACAUUCGCUCAUUUCGAUGUAGUUGAAUAUUGCCUUACUUUUUAAAGGAUGUGAGUGGAUUUCAUCUCUUCAUCCAUAUUGCUUGUGGAAACAUGCAGAUGUGUCCUGCAAAGUAUAAUCGCUGCAGAAGGUGCUAAUUUGAGCAGAGGUGUGAUGGUUUUUUUUGCCGUAAUAAAUGUUACUCCUCGAUACA